UAUGCUAGUGCACUGAUUUGCUGCUGCGCGCACAUUUUGUAACCACCCUUCUGUAUGUUUUACUUGAUGCAGGAACAACAUAGGUACGAUGAAUGAAAACCAAAUUGUUGUUAGGCAUGAAUCAGAAGGUGGCAAGACUCCCACAACGGGUGACGAAUCACAAGAUGUUAGUACGAUUACAAAGACCAUUAAAGGCCGUGGUCCGUCAAAAGGUGUUAAAGUCGCUAAGCCUAUGUUCCUUGAGUAUAAUGUAUAUAAUGUCCCCGAUGGACAAUGGUCUCAUGAAUACGGGAAGCAAGUUGGGAGUUGUGCCACUAGAAUUAAUAUUAACGUCCCAUUAUAUCCAAAGGUAGAUGAGCAAACCAAGAAGGGGUUUUGGGAGGAGACUAAGCUUAUGUUCCACAUUACUGAUGAUUCUAAUCAUUCGAGGGAGAAAUAUUUUCAUUCUUGUGUGGCGAAACGAUUUAGUUGUUUCAAGAGCAAGUUGGUGCGCCGAUGGAUAACUAUGAAGGAAAAUAAGCCAAAAAGUCAAACAAACAAGAUGCCUUGGGAUGUCUACAACCAUAUCACAGAGGAUGAUUGGAAGACUUUUGUUAAACAUUAUUUCCUGCCAUAG